AUGAGGGUCCGGAGCGGCGCAGAUGGAAGCACGAGCUCCAAGUGCACUGGAGCAAACGGCGACCUGAAGGGACCCGUAGACAAAAACCGCCGCAGGAUUUGGAGUGCACAGGACGAAAAACCUUCGAGGCAUGGGGACUGCUUACGAAUUUGUACCUACAACUGCCGUACCAUUGCCUCGAAGGCGGACCAAACUAUCUUGAGUGAGACCAGCAAGAGGCUUCGCUUCGACGUCAUUGCUCUUCAGGAGACGAAAACCAAGGAAACGGCCAUCAAGAAGACCAAUGACGGGCACCUCUUCGUUCUAGGAGCGAAAGUCGACGGAAAAAACGUCGGAGGCGUGGGAUUCUUGGUCCAUCGUCGGAUCGAACAUCUUAUCGACUCAACCGAGGUACUCAGUCCGCGAUUGGCCAUUCUCCGGCUACGCAUCGACAGGCGCACCACAGUCAGCAUUAUUAACUGCUAUGCGCCAACGUCAACAGCAACCGACGGAGAAAAGGACGCCUUCUAUAAGGAACUGGAGGAGGUUACAAAAAACGAGCGAUCAUACUACAAGUACGUUGUUGGGGACUUCAACGCAGUCAUCCACGAGGAAAGUCCGGCAACAGCACGCACUGGACCACAUGGAAUCGGAGUAACGAACGAGAAUGGAGAGCGUUUGAUGGACCUUUUAGAGGCAUGCAACCUAUUCCACGGAAACAGCUUCUUCGUGAAAAACGAGGAUCGACGUUGGACAUGGGAGAGCCCUAAUGCAGCGACUCGUAGCGAAAUCGACCACGUCCUCACCAACAGAAAGUGGAGUCUGCUGGACGUCAGUGUGGUAGAAGCGUUCCGCACCGGAAGCGACCAUAGGCUCGUCAGAGCCAAAAUCCGCCUACGAGCAAAACUUCGAAGACGUGAUCACUUCCGGCCUCCUCCAAUACGACUACCGCGGUAUGACACUAGCGCCAUGGAGGUGGCAGCUGUUCAGUACGCGUGGCAGGAGGCGCAGGACUUGACACACGAUUACGACUUGCUCGUAAAUGGACUUCUGCACUGCGCAACGGCAUCGGCUGUUUCAGGAAGGGCCAACUCGAGGAGUAGGAUCGAUGGAAAUGCUCGCACCCUCCUCCAACAACGGGCUGCCGUUUACCGUAACUCUGCGUCUUCACUUCUGGAACGUGCUACGAUCAAUAAAGCGUGCCGCAUCGCUGUGAGAGAGUCGAUACAGCGAUACAAGGACACCCGACUGAAGGAAGCAGCAGAGGCGAGAGCGAGCCUCAAGCGAUGUCGUAAGGACCUUAAUGACUCUCGCUCGAUCAUCGCAGUUAUGAGGGACGCGAUGGGCAGACCGCAGACAUCGAGAACGAAGAUCGAGGAGAUUGCCGUCAGCUACUACACGAACCUCUUUCGGUCGACGGUAUCGGUUUCCCGUAUUCCUACGCCAACACAAGAGGUGGCUCCGAGAAUAGAAGAAUGGGAGGUAGAACGCGCCAUACGUCAGAUGAAACCGAGAAAGGCACCUGGACCGGACCGCAUCUCAGCGGACUUCUUGAAAUCGGCGUCCCACACCAUCAUCAAGCAGCUCACCAAGCGCUUCAACAAAUACCUGGACGCUCAGAGGAUUCCGGACCAGUGGAAGAAGUCAAACACGGUUCUUCUGUUCAAGAAAGGAGAGCGCGAUCAAAUGAAAAACUACCGUCCAAUUGCGCUUCUCUCGCAGCCGUACAAGCUGUUUACUAAGAUCAUACUAAACAGACUCGAGAGGCAAUUGGACNGUAUUUCUCUCUGA